GGUCCCUGGCUCCACCACCCGGGAGGGAACUGCACCCCCCGCCUCAGGCUCCGCCCCGGAGGCCCGCGCCGCGCGCCGAACGCCGGCUCCUCCCCCGAAGCCUGCCCGCGGGGCUGGUGCAGUCGCUUCGCCUCAGGCCGUUCCCGGGCCCCAGCCAGCCCGCCAUGGAGGGGGAUGUCCCCGCCGCCGCCGCCGCCGCCGCCGCCGCCCGCUACCAGCCGGCCAGCCCCCCGCGGGACGCCUGCGUCUACAACAGCUGCUACUGUGAAGAAAAUAUCUGGAAGCUCUGUGAAUACAUCAAAAACCAUGACCAGUAUCCUUUAGAAGAGUGUUAUGCUGUCUUCAUAUCUAAUGAGAGGAAGAUGAUACCUAUCUGGAAACAACAGGCAAGACCUGGAGAUGGACCUGUGAUCUGGGAUUACCAUGUUGUCCUGCUUCAUGUUUCAAGUGGAGGACAGAGCUUCAUAUAUGAUCUUGACACUGUCCUGCCAUUUCCCUGUCCUUUUGACACUUACGUGGAAGAUGCCUUUAAGUCUGAUGAGGACAUCCAUCCACAGUUUAGAAGGAAAUUUAGAGUGAUCCGUGCAGAUUCGUAUCUGAAGAACUUUGCUUCUGACCGAUCUCACAUGAAAGAUUCCAGUGGGAACUGGAGAGAACCUCCUCCAUCAUAUCCCUGUAUUGAAACCGGAGAUUCCAAAAUGAACCUGAAUGAUUUUAUCAGUAUGGAUCCUGAGGUAGGAUGGGGAGCUGUCUACUCCCUAUCUGAAUUUGUACAUCGGUUUGGCAGUCAGAACUACUGAACUUGACAUCUGGAUGGAGAACCGUGGAGAAAUUCUAGGACACUAACAGUUCAUCCCUUCAUUUGGGACAGCAAACACUAUGGUACAUUUGGCUUGGAAUUAUAUUUUCCUCUUUUAAUUCAGUUGAGUUGAAACAUGAGUGAACAACAACAACAAAAUUUUUUUUGAUAUGUCACGUUGAAACUUGAUGUAGUGCAUAUUUGUUAAGAUAUUCUAAUGUUCAUUUGUUAAAAACAUGUGAUGACUUAUGCCAGUAAUUCCUUUUGUUAAGAUAGAUGUGUGGACUUUGUUCUGGAUGUUUUGUUUCUUUCCAGCUACACUGUAAGCUCCUUGAGGGCAAGGCUGUGGCUCAUUGCUCUGUGAAUCCCUUAUGCCCCUAAAAGGUGCCCAUAAAAUGUUUGCUAGUGAUUGUGCUGCUGCUUAAAGGGGGCUGGUACUGUGAGCUGAAUCAGCAAUAAGUAUUAGUCUUUUUGGACUAUUAUGUUCUUAAGAAAAGAUUGCAGCCCUCUCAGGUUUGAGUGUUAUUUGGCCUAAUUUAUAUAUGUUUUUAAAUAAAAUUGGUUUAAAAGUAAUUUUGUUUUGAAGAUAUUUAUGUCACCUUUCCUGAGAUACCCAGGAAUACUUCACUUGUAGACAGGAACCA